GAUAUUUGUGUGUGUUUGAGCCAUUUACGAAUCUAACUACAAGCUGGCCUAGAUAGCGCUAGUGGGAGUGACUCAAUUUUCCCUCCCAAUCACAAAACUAGUCAAACCUGUGUUGUCUGCUCUGUUAAAAUAUCUAGGCGCGGCAACCGACGUGCGCCACACCGUGUGCUCACAAGAUAACGCCAACAAGGUGGAGUUAAAUGUCAUGAACAGUUAAGAGUUCAGACGGACGCUGAUUUUCUCCGAUGUUUCAGCGUUGUUCACUUAUACAUUUGAAACCCAUUGUGAUUUGUGAAGUUACGUAACGUUUUGAUGAAAUGGCAGACAUACCAAGUGAAAUUGACGUUAAAAGUGAAAUUUAUGGCCCUGUUGCUUCAGCUGUGAGUUUUGUAGGGUUCACCCUAACACACGUUCUGCUAAGACCACUCACGCCAGCUUCCGUUCUGAAAUCAGGUGCACAGACAACGUGGAAAUGGAGGAAUACUUGUAACUCAUUGGUUCAUUCUAUAUUGACUGGCAUCUGGGCGAUGCUUUGUUUUUAUUGGCAUCCAAAAAUGGCAGAGGAUUUAAUAGGAACACAUUCCACUUCAUCACAUUUAUUGGUAUCCGUUUCUGUUGGAUAUUUUAUUUAUGACUUCAUGGAUAUGCUACUGAACCACCGAAAGCGUAGUUCAUACGAGUUGAUGAUUCAUCAUUUCUUCGUUGUUCUCUGCUUUGGAUUGUCGAUGCUAACUCGACUUUAUAUUGGCUACUCAGUUGUCGCUCUACUAGUCGAAGUCAAUUCAAUAUUUCUUCACACAAGGCAGCUUAUGAUCAUCCAGGGAUCGCCGCGACAGCAUUCCGGUUAUCGUCUCAACGCCUUGUUAAACAUUGGUACAUUUCUGAUUUUUCGCAUUCUCACGCUCGGUUGGAUGACUCGUUGGCUAGUAGUACACAGGGAAGAAGUUCCUUUUUUUGCUUACACUCUCGGAAGUGUUGGUCUAGCUGUCAUAGUCUUGAUGAGUAUCGUCCUAUUUUUUCGAAUCCUGGAUGCGGAUUUCAUUAGUAAAAAGGGGCGAAACAAAAAAGAAUAGAAAAUGCACUGCAUGUAGCUUUGACGUACAUUUUAAUUAUCCAUGAUGUGCUUAAUUUCACCACAAAUAUUUCUACGAUUAACUCACGACCAGCUUUUUGUGAUUUGCUAUUCAUGUUUUACUUUUACAGCAGAUUUACGAAUGGCCAUUAUAAAAAUAAAAAAAACGAUUUAAUACCCAUU